AUGCUCAUUGGCAUUGUGCGAAUAUGGUCGCAAGCCAGUGACAAUACAAUCACCAAACAGCGUAUUUACGCGUCAAGAGGAGCAAAAUGUAUGAGUAAUCUUCAUCUGUCUCCAAAUCGCAUCACACGCACGUCCAAGCAAAUAUAUGCACCUCGAGGGAUGUCCACAGGAAUCCUUUCCGAUACGCAAGUGGCAGAUGACCUCGUUAGGCUGAGUUUCAUCAGUAGAAAACUAGAUGUGAAUACGUGGGAGUGGGGGAGUAGAGGACGAGGCGUAGAAGAGAUGGAUGUUGAAGAGCACAAAAAACCGAGUUUCGAUGCGGACUGGGAAAUUUCUCUAGAAGCCACCGAAGAGUCCAACGGCGGUAAGGUCAUGUGA